AUGUUCAAGAUCAUCGCCCUGGUUGCCUGUCUGGCCGUUGUUGCCUCUGCCCAGUACUACGGAGGAGAUCACGGCCAUGAAGAUUAUCACCACAGCCAUCCAAGCUACAAGUACGAGUACGGAGUUAAGGACUCGCACACCCAUGACCACAAGAGCCAGUGGGAGUCCCGUGAGGGAGACCACGUUAAGGGACAGUACACCCUGGAUGAGGCCGAUGGAACCCACCGCGUUGUGGACUACAGCUCGGACCACAAGACCGGAUUCCAGCCCCAUGUCCAGCGAGUGGGUCAUGCCCAUCAUCCUCAUGGCGAGAGCUACUCCAACAUUAAGCAGCACUACUGA